AUGAAUACAGGAUUUAAUCUACAUACAGAGAAGAAGCCUUCUACUUUCCGAAGGAUCCUGGUUUGCUUAAGUGAUGCAAACCAGGAAGUGGCCCCAUCUAAAGAAGAGAGGGCCAUUCUUAAAAGCAAUGGUUUGGGAGAGAUGGUCGUGAUCUUCGAAUCGGAAGCAGACUCUGCUCAUGUCGAUGAACGUAUUUUGAGUGCCUUUGAGAAAGAGGAAAUGCAGAUGGGAUAUGAGAUCCUAACCUUGAGGACUGGUUUCCGAACGCUCCUCGAGGUAGUACACACAGGACCAUGCUCCUCGACCGAGCUAAAGCUCCUAAACUCGCAGAGGCUCUUUCUGAGACCCAUACAGAAGAGUAUACCCUUGUUACAUACAUCCCCUCCAGCCAAUGACGGCCUACUGCCAUGCCACGUUUGUGGCAUUCUUUACCUCACGUCAGAACUGAGGGAACAUGUUGAAGUGUGCAAAAAGGAGGAUGAAACUAGUGAAAAAGACGAGCCUCUUCAACCUGAGAACAGUGAUUCAUCUAUGGCACCACCAUCUGAUGAUGAACUACCCAUAGGGAUUGAGCCUGAGCUUCCACAGGCACCACCAUCUGAUGAUGAACUACCCAUAUGGAUUGAGCCUGAGCUUCCACAGAGUCUUCCAUCACACAAUGAAGAAGACCAUGACCUGUUGCAGAUUCUGUCUAAUGUUGCAGAAGGAUUAUCAGAGGACACCAGUGUGGAAAGCAUAAUUGAAAGCUACCGCAGUGAAUUUGUUCAAGGCAGGGCCCUCAACCUGCCUACAGAUUUUGCAUCAGCAGAUGCAGUGAUGCAGGGAGAAACCUACAAAGUAAUGAUUGCCCGUCGAAGCAUACUGCAAGGGGUCAUAGACGAAUUUGCAUCUGAGGGAUACAAGCCCCGCCUCACCCUUGAGGUAUGCUUUAUGGGAGAAAGGGGCCAGGACCUGGGGGGACUCCGGAAGGAGUUCCUCCGCCUAGCUCUGCAGGCUAUAAAGGGCCGCCUGAUGGUGGAGAAUGAUGCUAGCCUGACUUUGUUCGAGGAUGAGGACAUGGUCCAACAGAAGGCAUAUUUUGCUGCAGGAAUUGUGAUUGGCCAGUGCAUCAUUCAAGAUGGACCAAAGCCAGACCUCCUGGAGCCAGAACUGGUUGAUAGACUCGUGGAAGACUCUUGUAAGUCUAUUAGUGAGCAGCAAUUGAUGGAGGGCUUGAGGAAGACAGGAAUUUUGUCAGUAAGUGCUUUGUUUAUUGUGCUUACAAUGGAAUUAGAAUGGAUAAUAAUAUGGUGA